AUGGCUUUCGUCUUGAGAGUGGUCAUGCAAUUCGUUGGACUUGCACUGUCUGUGCUGGGAUGGGUUUUAUCCAUGAUCACAACUUACCUGCCGCACUGGAAGAACCUGAACCUGGACCUGAACGAGAUGGAGAACUGGACCCUGGGCCUGUGGCAGGCCUGCGUCGUCCGGGACGAGGUGGGGAGGCAAUGCAAGGACUUCGACUCCUUCCUGGCCCUGCCCGUGGAGCUCCGGGUCUCCAGGGUCCUGAUGUUCCUGUCCCACGGGCUGGGGCUCCUGGGCCUGCUGGUCUCGGGGUCUGGGCUGGACUGCCUGAGAGUCGGAGAGAGACAGCGCAAGUGCAAGAAGCGGCUGCUGAUCCUGGGAGGGGUCCUGUUCUGGACGGCGGGCGUCGGGGUCCUGGUGCCGGUCUCCUGGGUCGCCCACGUGACCGUGCAGGAGUUCUGGGACGAGACCCUCCCGGAGGUUGUGCCCAGGUGGGAGUUCGGGGAAGCCCUCUUCCUGGGCUGGUUUGCUGGGUUCUCUCUCCUCCUCGGGGGGUGCCUGGUGACCUGGGCCGCCUGCUGCACCCAGGCUCCGCUGGCUGCGGGCCAGUACGCAGCGGCAGACACGCAGACGCAGUGUCCAUGCCUGGAAAAUGGGACUGCGGCUCCGAAAGUGUGA